GAUUUCGAAUUUUUGGCUCACCCGUGGCCGCGAGACAAUUGAGUGACAAUUGACAAACCAUUAUGAAGCGUAUUCUGGUAAUUUAGGGGAAAAAGAAAGGAUAUAGAAAAAAAAAAAAUGAAAAAUUACAGCGAACCCAUUUAUAAGCCCAAACCCUAAUCCGUAUAUUUCUCUGCUGCUCUUCCCACAGAAGAAAAGAAACUCAGUCCUGGUGUAGCGGCGCCCCCUCCUCCUCUUUCUCCUCCAGGUAAGGCAGCUUCACAAGAUGGUGAGAGUAAGUGUUCUGAAUGAUGCUCUGAAGAGCAUGUACAAUGCCGAAAAAAGGGGGAAACGUCAAGUCAUGAUAAGGCCUUCAUCAAAGGUCAUCGUCAAGUUUCUUUUGGUCAUGCAAAAGCAUGGAUACAUAGGAGAGUUUGAGUUUGUUGAUGACCACAGGUCUGGAAAGAUCGUGGUUGAAUUGAACGGAAGGCUAAACAAGUGUGGUGUUAUUAGCCCUCGGUUUGAUGUUGGCGUGAAGGAAAUUGAACCUUGGACUGCUAGACUCCUUCCUUCAAGACAGUUUGGUUACAUUGUGUUGACUACAUCUGCUGGUAUCAUGGAUCAUGAAGAAGCUCGGAGGAAAAAUGUUGGAGGUAAAGUACUGGGGUUCUUCUAUUAAGCAGGUCCUGGCAUGCCAGUAGUUUUCUAUUGGUAGUGAAAUUAUUGUUGAGGUUGCAACGGCUUAGGUGCAGCAACAGCUUUCUUUUUGGCUUCAUGACUGAGACAUGAGGAUUGUCAUCUUUAUAAAUUUUGGUGAUUGUCUUAUACUUCUUAUUUGCGUUGAAUGUUGAAUAUUAUUGUAUUUUAAACUUGUGAGUUAAUGCCCAAGUUAUAAAACCACUGGUGCUGCAAUUUGUGCUUCAAA